AUGUCACAAUCAUUAAUCAUAUUCAGACCGUCAGGUUUGAUAGAAUAUCAAUUAAACAACAAAAUAUACCCAUUCAAUGAGUUCAUAUCCAAUAUUGUCAAUGAAACUCAAAUUGAUUUAGAUCAAAAUUUUACAACUCAAACCAUCAGUCAUAAACGAUUUUAUUGUUAUAAUAAAGAAGAUAUUUUUGUAGCUAUUUAUUUUGAUGCUAUUUCUACCAUUAAUAGUGAGAAGAUAAGGCAAACAUUAGUUGGAAUAUACAAGACGUUCAAGAAGUUAGAAGAAAAUGAAGAAUUAGAAAAACUAAAGAGUUUAGUUGAUUUACAAUUUAACAAUUUAAUCAAAUUGAAAACAACUGAGUCUAAAGAAACAACUCCAACUCCACCCACAUCAGCAUUAACCACAGAAAACACAGCUCCCAAAAAACAACCAUCAAUGCAAAAACAAUUAUCAUCUAAAAAAAUGCGAAAAUGGGACAACGGUGGAGAAAUGAUUGAAUAUACAGAAGGUGAAUCAUUAGAUUACUCAACAUUUAAAGAUUCUACAAGCAUACCGACGAAUGGUAAGAAUGAAUAUAAAGUAAACGAAGAAUCUGCGUUUGAAAAAGAAGAUGAAUUUGUGUUAGUAAGAGAAUUAAAUGAAAUACUAAAUGAAUCAGAUGACGAAGAAGAAGAAGAAACAAAAGCUCCAACUGGUUUUUUUGGACGAAUAGGAUCAUACUUUGGUGGAGCUAUUGAUGUUGAUGAAGUAUCUAAAAAAUUCAAUGAUCAAUUAAUGUCAAAAAAUAUAGCACCUAGCACUUCAAAAUUAAUAAUUGAUAAAAUAAAAUCAAGAUUAUCUGGAAAGAAAGUAACUAUGAAAAUUUAUAAAGAAACGCUAGUCGAUGAAUUAACCAAAGUAUUAACUCCUAAUGUGUCAACUGAUUUAUUAUAUGAAAUAAAGCGUAAUAACACGGGACGUCCAUAUGUUAUAUCAGUAGUUGGAGUAAAUGGAGUUGGAAAAUCAACUAAUUUAGCUAAAUUAGCAUAUUGGUUCUUACAAAAUAAUUUAAAUGUUUUAAUUUGUGCAUGUGAUACCUUUAGAUCAGGUGCAGUUGAACAAUUAAAAGUUCAUGUAAAUAAUUUGAAUAAUUUAAAUUCAGAAUUAUCAAAUAAAUCAAAAAUUGAAUUAUUUGAAAAAGGUUAUGGUAGUGGUGAUCAUGUUGUUCAAACUGCUAAAUCUGCUAUUGCAUAUGCAUCAGAGAAUCAUUAUGAUGUAGUAUUAAUUGACACUGCUGGUAGAACUCAUUCAAAUGCUAAAUUAAUGGCUCCAUUAAAAAAAUUUGGUGACGCAGCAAAUCCUAAUAAAAUUAUUAUGGUUGGUGAAGCUUUAGUUGGUACAGAUUCAGUUGAACAAGCAAUUAAUUUUAAUAAUGCAUUUGGUAAUAGAAGAAAUUUGGAUUUUUUUAUUAUUUCAAAAGUUGAUACUGUUGGUGAUUUAGUUGGUACAAUGAUUAAUAUGGUUAUGGCUACAAAAGUUCCAAUUUUAUUUGUUGGUACGGGACAAACUUACACUGAUAUUAAAAGGUUGAGUGUGAAGCAAGUUGUUUCAAUGUUGACAAAAUAG